AUGAGCCCGUCGCCUGGUCCGUCGAAAGCCUCGCCUACAGCCUGGUCGAAAGCCUCGCCGGCAGCCUCGCCGACGGCCCCGCCUCCAGCGUAUCAGCGCAGCCACGCCGGGCCGGCGGCGCAGCCCCCGACGCACGACUGGCAGACCGCCGUCCCGGACACGGCCCUGCUGCCGCCGCCCCCGGCGGUCUUCAGCGCGCACGACCGCUCGCCCGCGAACAACGCCACCGAGGCCGAGGCCGAGGCCGGCGAGGCGUGGUGCGCCGCCCGCCCUCUCGCCGCGCCGGCGCCGGGGCCCCUCGACGCCGCCGCCCAGAGGGCCCUGCGGGCCGGCGACAUCCGGCUCCUGCGGCCGGAUGGCUUCCGCGGCACGCUGACGCGCCGGGGCCCCGGGCGCUGGGAGGUGGCCACGCGCGCCGGGUCGCCGGACUGCUGCGUCGUCGGCCACCCGCCGCUGUACGUGGCGGCGCAGCACCGGCACGCGCCCCGGACGGCCUACUACGAGGUGCGGGUGCUGCCGGGCAGCCGGGGCAGCCGCGUGGCGCUGGGGUUCGCCGCGCUGCCGUACCCGCCGUUCCGGCUGCCCGGCUGGCACCGCGGGAGCCUGGGGGUGCACGGCGACGACGGGCGCCGGUACGUCAACGACCGCUGGGGGGGCAGGGACUUUACGCGCGAGUUCGCCGCGGGGGAGACGCUGGGGAUCGGCAUGACGCUGACGCCGGGCGCGGGGGACGGCGCGCGGCCGCGGGUGUCGGUCUUCUUCACCCGGGACGGGGUGGCGGCCGGCGGGUGGGAUCUGCACGAGGAGAGGGACGCGGGGACGGAUCUGCCGGUCACGGGGCUGGAGGGGUUCCACGACCUGAGCUGCGCCAUCGGGGCGUUUGACGGCGUCGGCUUCGAGGUGAUACUGAACCCGGCCGGGUGGCGAGGCGCGUGGUUGGACCUGAGAACCGACAUCAUCGCACGAUUAGACAAGAUUGCGCUCAACGACUUUCCCAUUCCCAACCUGCCAUCGCCGCCAUCGCCGCCGCCGCCGCCGCCGACAUUAGAGACUCGCCCGCUCUCCCCCCCACUGCCCUCGUCGCCCCUGGAACACGCGCCUUCGCACGAGGAAGCGGCGGACAAGGACAACGCCCAACCCGACAUGCGGCCGGUCGAGCCGGCCCACCAGCUGCCAAAGCAGAUUGCCGACAUGCUGCGCGAUGUCAAGACCCACAUGGAGACGUUCAAGACGUGCGCGCCGCAUACCAUCCAGCGGAUUGCGGAGCUGGUCCUGGAGCCCAGAGCGCACUACAAGGCCCUGGCGCCCUAUCUCCACGCUGUCGAUCGGGUGGUGCGCGUCACCUCGGGCACAAGCGCGUACCCGCUGCCGUCCGUCGUCCCCGACAUGUCCGCCAUGGAGCUGAACGGAGGAGAGGACGCGCGAGAUCCCGCUGCGGCUGUCGCUUGGAGCAACCCCACGGCGGCGGCGUUGGGCACCGACGAAGCCUUGGGCGGGGCGCUGCUCACCCCGAUCCCGUGGCUGAGGAGGCCGAGUCCCGAAACCAACGGCGACGCAGCGUCGUCAGCGUCAGCGUCAGCGUCAGCGUCACCGGGUCCGGGUCCUGCCCCGGGUCCGGCAUCCGCGGGCGCGCAAAUCCACAGCGAGGGCACCGAGACGAUUGACGGACCAAACGGCGUGGGCAGCAUCGAGACAGUGUCUGUUAGCGUCAACGGGGUCCCGUCCACCGGCCACGCCAGGGGCGUCACGCAGGGGGAGUUGCUGCGGCAGGAGCAGCGUGCCGGAGUCGUGCCCGUCAGCCAGCUGACCGCUGGCAGCCAGCCAUCACCGCCGGCCGACGAGGACGGGGGGGGGUUGAACCAAGAGGACGAGCAGGUGCCUCACGCGCGGGGGCCGCAGGAGAUUGGCGUCAGCGACACGGGGCCCCAAGGCGUGACGACCAGCUACGUGGGAGACGACGGCGUCUUGCUGAACGGCAUCGACGUGGAAGCCGCGGUUGGAAGAAGACGCCGGGACGAGCGGCAGCACCAGACAGAGGCACACGCCAGGGCCGACGACGACGGCGACGACGACGCCAACGCCGACGCCGCCAGCAGCCCCUCCAGCACCGAGAGUGCGGGCACGAAGCGGGAAGCGGAAACCCAACUCCAAGGCGAGCCUGCCAAGAAGGCGAGAGAGGACCACGCUCCUCAACCAGCUGCCGUCGCUGGUGUCGACGAAGCGGCGGCAGCAGCAGCAGCACACGAACCGACGCCCACCCCAGCUUCAACGACAGAUACAACAAAAGCACAAGACGGGGCACAGCUUGAAGCAACGCAACCUGCCGAUCCCAGAGACAACGAGACCAAAGCAAGUGUCUAG